AUAAUGCAUUAAAUAAUACUAUAAUUUUACUAUGUUUAAAAAACAAUAAUAAACUAAUUGCAUUAAAAAAAAUAGUAGAUUUUGUUUUACCUCAGAACUGCUGGAACUAAAUUUCUAAAAUAACUUGGUGCAAAUAUGAAAUUUAACUUUCCAUUUUCGACUUAACCUGCAGUGACCAUUUUAUUAGCUCAACAUCAGUUCAGAAGUAAAUUAAUUUCAAAAGUUUAUAAAAAAAAACUCAUUUUGCUAUCCUAUUAUUAAAAAGACAGUAUAAACAAAUUUUGGAAAUUAUGCGCAUGCGCACAAUUCAAACACAACCUUACAGAUCUCCUAUUAGUCGUUACAUUAAUUUUACGUGUUGUGUUAUAAAAUUGUGCACGCGAAUUAUCUGCAAGUUUAAGUAUCAUGAAUUUGGUUUCUGCUUCCAAUAAUUUGAAAGUACAUGCAUUAUCAACGGGGGAAUUGGUACACCAGUACCAAACUAAAUCUAAUAGUUCCCUAAGAAGCAUCUCCUUUUCAAAAGACUGGUGUUGGUUGGCCUGCGUUUCCAAUUCCGGACCCACUGAAAUCAUUGCAAUCACUGAUCAAUUGAAACCAUUGUAUAAGGUUAAUAAUGUUAAGGAUGCUACCUGUGCAGCAUUUCAACAUACAACAAAAAAGUAUCUCGGAAUUGGUACUCAAAAGAGUUCGGUUUUAGUAUAUGAUGUUAAAUUUCGAAAGCCCACGAAAGAAUUUCGGACGCCAUCAUCAGUGACACACGUUGCUUUUACGGCUAAGGACAGUCAUCUGGUUGCAGCUUGUGACAACGGUGAUGUCGUACUGUUCAACAACGAAGUUAACACCCGCUCUACGACUCUCAACGUUCCUAAAUCUUCAUCAGUGUCUGUAAUACGACCCAACAUUCAGAAACGUCAUUUACUUCUAGGUGGUAGUGAAGAAGGUAUCACAGUGUGUUGGGACACCAACACUUCGCAAGUUAAGUUCAUGAUGGAAAGUCACCAAGCUCCUGUGUCGGCUUUGACCUUCUCGCCCAUAAAUUCAGAUUUAGUAUUGACGGCGGGUUUAGAUCGAAAAAUUAACUUAUAUGAUGUCGAUGGGCACCACUGUAUAAAGUCAUUAUCCAUGAACAAUAAUAUAUUUGCCGUAGAUUUCUCACCCGAUGGAUCACACUUUGCGUUAGGUUCUCAGAACGGAAGAAUUUUAGUAUAUGAUGCCAGGAAGAUGAACUUACCUGUUAUCGUAAUUCAGGCACAUAAAGAACAAAGCGUCAACGAUUUGUUGUUCCAAAAGAUUAACCCUGAAUCCAAUUCAGUCGGAAGUCAAUUAGAAUCUGAUCAAAUGUCAGCCUCAAUGGAGGAUACGAACGGCAAUGAAGAGAGUUUUGGAAAUUUCACAGCGAUGCUCUCGCAAGAAGUAAACGACUCGCAGAAAGGGGAAGAUGGUAGAGACUCCUUUUUGGAAGCCGUCAACCAACUGGGUCAGAGCUCUGUACAGGAUUCUCACGGCAGGGAUUCUUUUCUUGAAGCGUUAGGAUUAGAUCAUAGUUUAAACGAGUCCAAAGCGGUGGAAGCACACGCCGAACAAGAUAAAUUGGACAUAAUUCCUGAGAUCGUGGAAACUUGUCCUCAAGAUAUUGCAUCAGAGAGGAAUGCAACGCCAAUAUCCAGCGUCCGUAAAAUUCACGAAAGAAUUGAACAUGGUGAAAGAAAAAGUCAAGCAUUUUCCACACCGGUCAAUUUGGAACCCAAAUCCGCCGGUAAAAACAAUUUUCACGACGUAUCUCCCGUAAUUAGUUCGUCGAAUUUAGAAGUCGGAUCUAUGAUAAAAAAAGUUGUGAGCGAAGUUGUUUCUGAACAACUUGAUUCGUUCAAAAAGGAGAUGAUGGAGUGUUUAAAUGAACAAUUGCAAAAGGUGAAGGAGGAAAACGCCCAAAAUAAUUUCAAUCAAAAGUGUAGUAACAUGCAUAUGUACCUUAAUUUGGUCACCAUGCUUAUGAGUAAGAACAAUGCUGAUGAAGAUAAGUUUAAUGAACUGAUAAACAUUCACAAAUCAGAUUGUUAUCACGUAAAAGAAAUAGCCGCCUUGAAAAAGUAUAUCGCCCAAUUGGAGGCGCAGAUUUAUUAUAAAUAUUCUGAUUGAUUUACAUAUUAUAUUUACAUAAAAAACUAUUUUUAUAAUAUUUUGUAAUAUUUUCAAUAAAGUUUUGUAGUAAAA